AUGACCUCAAUUAUUCAACCGUCAACACAAUCCUCGUCUUUUUUAUCGUUAUCAUUUGAACCACAUGUCCGAAAUAAAGUUUUACCAUUAUUGUCACCACAACAAAUACACAGAUCAAAGAAUACUCGGCAUGUUAUCAAUUGUAACCAUUUGUGCCACAAAUCUUCAGCGGAUGGGAACUUAUUGAAUAAUAUGACACAUCCACAUGUAGUUAAACAUCAUUUGUCUUGUAAACCAGAGGCUACUCCGACUAAUAUUCCAAAGACAUUGCUUUUAUCUCCACCACUACCAAUACGUCGUAGACCCUGUGAUUCACUAACAUCACAUCGUUGUUCAAGAGGUUCAACUAGUCGAUCAUUAUCUUCGGAUCAUUGUGAACGCAAUCAUUCAACUUUAGAUGAUGAAUACUUCCAAACAAAAACUUCUUUUCAGUCAUUAAAUUCAACUACAAAUAAAUUAAUCAAAUCGCAAUCACCUCCAAUGAAAUUGAAAAAGUCUUCACAUUUUAUAUCAUUAACUAAAAGCAAUGAAUUUAAUUCAGAUGAUUUAUUAUGUACUAAAAAUGAUGCAAAUCAUCACCAGGUUGCUAAUCAAUUAAAUAAAGAAGAAUUUUCACGUCUUCCUGUUGGUUUUCGAUGGAAUUACAUUUUUGUAAAAUUAUCUAAUUGGUUUCAACGUGUACAUACAAUAAAUUAUUCAAGAACAUCAUCAGAUCGUGUAUCAUCUUCCAUACCGAUACAUAAUAAUAAAUCUGCCUCUGUUUCAAAUUCUUAUCGUUAUCAAGUAAGAAAAUUUGAACCGAUUAGAUCACGAAGUCAAUCAGAUGAAAAAUCUGGCAAAAUUAAAUCUAACCUACAUAAUAAUGAUCAUUUUUGUAGUGAUUCUAAAACAAAAAUACAAUUAUCAAGUGAAAUUAAUAAUUCUAAUCGAAAUAUUUUAUCUUUAUCACAACUAAGUGUAAACGUGAUUGAAAAACGUAGACGUGAUCGAAUCAAUUGUAGUUUAGCAGAUCUUAAACGUUUAGUACCAGAUUCAAAUCAUAAACCUGGUUCAGCCAAACUGGAAAAGGCUGAAAUACUUCAACUUACCGUUGAAUUUUUACAGAGACUUCAUAAAGAAGGCUAUGUACUUGGUUCAGAAGCUCGUUCAAUUGAAUUACGUCGUAUAGGAUUUAAAGAUUGUCUCUUAGAAGUAACUCGUUUAUUAUCCACAUAUGAUGGUAUCAAUAUAUCUGGUCAAGAAUUAAGUCGACAUCUAUUGAAUCAUCUUCAUCAGUGUGAAAAACAAAGAGAUUUAGAAACAAAAACUUAUUUAGCUAAUAUUGCUUCUGUAGCCAAUGCAAUGUAUUCCAAAGUGAAUUCAUCUAAUUCCACUGCUACUACCACUACCAACAUUGUUGGCCAACAUCAUCAGUUACAAUGUCAAUCAUAUUUACAUUCUCAUCAACAAUACAACUUAAAUCAUGCUAACAGUUCAAAUUCAAUGAAGUCAAAACAUUCUAAAAACAAUUCACGUGUAAAUGAACAGUUGGAAUUAUUAGAUAAACAAUCAACUACACUUUCAUUAACAAAUAAUUCCGUAAAUCUUUUACAAACUAAUGCAUGUCAUCAAAAUGAUGCUUAUUAUACUUCAUCAACAUUUCAAAAUAGUAGAAAUAAUUACACAUCAUAUCACUCAGUAGAUUGUAAAAUGAAUGAGGAACAAACAUCCCAUAAAUCUCCAUAUAAAUUAGAAGAUAGAUACUCGGAACAAUUACCUAAUUACUUUUUACAAACGAAUACAUUUUAUCCAAAUUAUAUGUAUAAUGAAUAUUGGAACAAGUGUUCACCAUAUACUACUUCAUCAUAUUUAUCGACUUCCACAACGACCACUACUGUAUCUAAUGGGAAUGGAAUUAUACCAUGUGAAUCAAAUUAUUUGAAUACUAAUUACCACACUUUCUCUAAUUUUUCAAAUACUACAUAUUCUACCGUAAAUACUAAUAAUAGUAAUAUUGGUAAUUCUCAGUUAUCUACCGGUCUUGGUCCAAAUGAAAGUCAAUCUACAUCAUCACCACCAUUUCGUUCAACACCAGAAGAAUCAGAUAUUGGUUUCAGUCCACAUUUGAAAAUUAAUUUAUCAAAUAUUGUAGGAAACGAUGAAAUUGAAGAUGAUUGUAAUUAUUACAAUCGUGAAUGUACAGGGGGAUUUAUAACAUCAACAACAACUACAACUGUCUCCUCAACUAAUAUGACUGCUGCAACAGUGAAGCCAAUCCUAACAAAAGAAUUUUACCAACAAUCUCAUUAUGAUAACAAUCAUGAAUAUGCUUAUCAUCGAAAAAAUGAUGUAGGCAUGAAUUUAUCUGGUAAUUAUCAAUGUUCACCUAUUAAAUCACAUCCUUACCCUAUGAAUAACAAUGAAAUACAUUCAAGGCAUUUAUCUAACAUAUAUAAUAAUCAGUACAAUCAUUCGUUGUAUUCAAAUUCUCCCAACAAUACAUGGAAUCAUAUUAGUAAAACAACAGAUUUAGUACAAUAUCAAGCUAAUCUUCUUCAUCAUUCACAUGCACCAACUUUUGUACUAAACACGGAUGAACGUACAAAUUUAUCUACAAUACCGUUAUCAACAAUUUCACAUAGUUUCAGUUCUAUCACUAAUACUACUACUACUACUACUACUACUACUACUACUACCGUAUGUAGUAUGAAUAACCGAAUAGUUAGUGAAUUAAGAGAAUAA